AUGGUGGCAACAGGAUGUGAUGGCUGUCAAGCAGGACUUCAGCCUUCAUUAGCAAGCCGCUUAGCCGGCAUAUCUGCGAUCGCUAUACUGAGAGAGGGCCGACAUCUUUUCCCCAUGGAGUGUCUCCGCCUGACGUCCGUUUCGGGCGCCGCAUGCGGCAGGCUGCAGGCUGCGGCGGCGGCGGCCGUCGCUCUCAGGACGGCGCCCAACUCUGACGAGCUCCUCGCCCACCUACUCCUUCAUGGCAGAAACCUGGUGUUGGACAACACUGACAUUCAGCAACCAGAUGAUGAUGAUGCUGAAGCUCAUUUCUUCCUUCCCAAUGCCAAUUUGAAAGAACUUGCUGAGAAAAAUGUCAAUGUACACCGACCUCUUUCUGAUCUUCACCAUGAAAUGGAUGAUUUCUAUCCAGGUUGCUCUGUGAUGCCCAGCCAGAGUAUUAUUGACAAGAAUCACAAUGUCAUAGUUACUCUGGAUCACUCUCAGCAAUCAAAUGCUAAUCCCUCCGGUAAAAAAUGUGUGAUAAUUACGAGCAGACGUUUCACUUCCCCUGUUUCUGCUGCUGACACAACUGCGGAAGCUCAACUUUCCAAUGAUUCUCCAGAUGUGCAGAUUACAGAUGAAAGGAAGAUCAACGUGAGUUGCAGUCAAUUGUGUAAAAAUAUCGAUGGUGCUUCUAAUAGCAUUAUCAGUUCUGCAAAGCCUCGUGACAAUCGCUCUUCCGAUUAUAUCCCCGCAUCCAAAGUUCAGUAUGUAAUCAAGGUUAGCACUAGUUCUUCUAGAAGAAAGAAAACACCUCAUGAUCCGAGAAGAGUUCUUCUCCCGUCCAAUCCUCCUUCUGUCCCUGAAACAAAUCGAUUUCCAGUCUCUGCUCUUGAGAGGAGAUAUUAUGCGGCGUUUUGCAGACUUGCACGGAGUGAAAGAUAUCAGUGCAUGACUGCCAUUAUAUAUCGCAAAGUCCGCUGCUCCUACCUCUCUCUUGGUCAGUCAUUGAUGCCAGGGGGUCAUGUCAAUAACUUUCUGAUUUCUGUUUUCUGCCGGAAAUUGUUUGAUGAUUGCCAUCCAUCGGUUUCUAAAAAACAUUACUUCUUUUCUUAUAUUGGGGAAAACAUUCUAAAAUACAAUAAUAAAGAUCAAUUUAAACUCAUACAAAAUACUUUUAAAGGUGCAAGUCUAGUAAAGAAAAUUGAUGCAUGUGAACUGCUAUUCUUUCCUAUAUGCCAUUGCAAGCACUGGUUUUUAUUUGUUGUCGACCUGCAAAACCAUCAAUUUGUAUUUAUGGAUUCCUUGUUCCGUAAGAAGUCUCGUUACCAAGUUGUCGUCAGUGAGAUGCUUGUUGGUAAUUUUAAACAUUUGUGGAAGGAGAUAGUUGAUCCAGAGUAUAGCUUCGAUAAUUUCAGAAUUGUCUAUCCUGCUAUGCCAAGACAAGGAAACGGGAAUGAUUGCGGUGUCUUUGUCAUGAAAUGUAUGGAAAUCUGGACUCCUAGAGUUGUUCUUCAUGAUUACUUCUCAAGAGUCAACAUUCCAAAUAUAAGGAUACAAUAUGCGAAUCAGCUGUUCUUCAGUUCAAAGAAUACCGCUGAUAAGUCUCUGGUAACACAUCUCCUUCGAGAGGGCAAAUUUCAUCUUGUCAGAAAGAGUGUAACUUCAGAGUCCAACGCGUCUCAGUAA